AUGCUACGGACCACACAGCGCAAGGGCAAGCAAUCCGCCCCCUUGCAUAAUACCCGAAGGGGGGGUUGGGGGGGGGGGGAGACGGACUGGACUAACUGCAAGGCGCGCGGGCUCGGACAGAUCUACGUCCUCAACCAAAUCUUUCAACCCACGGGCUUCAGCUUCAUCCUCGCGGGCGCCGACCGCCAAGUGAUUGGCGACCUCGCACCCGUGUGGUACGGCAACGCCGCCGAGGCCCAGAUCAAGCAGUACCGCGUCGGCGGGAUCCAGACGCUGAAUUUUUACAUUGUGCCGCAGGUUGCGUAUAGCCAUGCGGGGAUCUUCCCGUGGGACGCUGCCAACAACACCCAGCGAGACGGCGUGGUAAUGGGCAGACAGUAUAUCCCCGGCGGAAGCGCCUCGGGCACAAACACGGGUAAAGUAGGUGGCCAUGAGGCUGGGAAUUGGCUGGGCUUGUUGCAUACCUUUCAGGGGGGAUGCGAUGGCGGGGAUGAGGUGGAUGAUACACCGCCCGAGGCGUCGCCGGCGAGGGGCUGUCCUUGGGUUCGCGACACUUGUCCGGCCGAGGGGCGAGACCCGAUCCAUAACCACAUGGACUACACAAACGACGCGUGCCGCUUCCAAUGGCCUGCGGGGCAGAUUGAGCGCAUGCAUAACAUGUGGACGCUUUUCAGGGGGAAUGACGCGGAGGAUCCGGGGCACGGGGGUGGAUCCUGGGAGUAG